AGUUAGAAACAACUGAAAGUGUAAUCCGUUGUAAAGUCAGGCCUAAAACCGGAGCUCUUUAUUGAAUCUCUCGAUUGUGUUUCCAAAGACUUCAUUUGGCGGUGAAUGCGAAGGACUACUACUUAUAAGAAGUUAUUUUGCUGAGAGCGUAUAGGAGGUCAACGUGAGUGAAAAGAGGAUCCGCUGUACAGUACUGUACGGCCAAUAAAAGUAUUGCCAAAAAGUGUAUCAAACAAAACGUAUUCUUCGUAUAAACGCUUAGAAGAAGAAGAGGUUAGGAAUCGAUGGAUGAGCCGAUAGUCUCUGAUUUGGACAUAUAUUUAAAUAAGACUAAUAACUCGUUUCAAGACUACGAAUAUGAGAUCGAGGAGUCGUUUUCCAAUUUUAAUUUAUGGGAUCUCAUCCCCACUGCCAUUGUCUAUGGAAAUGGUCUUAUAGUGUAUACAGUCGUACACUUUAGGCGUAUGAGAACGCUAUCCAAUGUAUUCUUAGCGAGUCUAGCGUUUGCUGAUCUACUAUUGAUAUGUAUCUGCGUUCCCGUCAAGUUCGCCCAAUUAUUCUCGUAUUCGUGGGAAUUGGGAGAAUUUGGAUGCAAACUCGUUCAUUACAUGCAAAAUGUGUCCUCUAUUUGCUCGGUCUUUACGCUCACAAUCAUGUCUAUUGAACGGUAA